CUUUCAUUUGCUAUAUAUUUCCACCCACCCUAUCAACCUUGAUCAGUAGCACUUGUACGCAUCUCCUUCUUCAGUCCUCACCUUCCUCCCUUGUCACCAAAACUCAACAAAGAAAGAUGGCCAAGAACAACAAGACCAAGAAGAAUAAGAACAACAACGUCGCCGAAGCUCCACCGGCGAAUCCCACUCCCGGCUCACCACCACCACCACCACCACCACCUGUUUCUCCCAAGAGAGCCAUCGCUGAUCCGCGUCUGUAUAAAAAGAUGGAAGACGAGGCUUUUGCUAUAGCCGCCACCGCUUUCAAGACGUACGAUUCGGACGCAAGAAUUGCCGAUGAGAUAAAGAAAGAGUUUGAUCGCAGAUACGGCGGCACUUGGCAUUGCAUCGUCGGAAGCAGUUAUGGGUCGUGUGUAUCUUGUGAUGAUGGCUACCACUUUUAUUUCUAUUUCGGUCUGAAAGACAUUAUACUUUUUAAAUGUUGAUAGACACAGACAUAUGAAUUGUGAUGAUGGUGGCAAAGUUGAUAGAAGAAUGAGAUAUGUGUUAGGUCCAUCAUCAUGAUCAUGUAUUAGUUGAUAAACUGUGCUGAAGAACACUCUUGAUUCUUUGUUAUGCUUGUUUGUAUUUUUCAUUUUGACGUGUCAUGCAAAUAAACUAGUACCGGAAAUUUUGUAUAAUGACUCAUGUUAAAAUAGUACUUAGGAAAAAUUUGAAUGUGAAUUGGUUA